UUGUAUCCCCAGCAAGACCUUUGAGGGCUGCUGUCCUGCGUGCUGGUACGCACGAACAUUUCGGCAGUCGAGUCCCGCACGGAUAUCUCCCGUGCUCGGGUCGUGCGUGAACGCUCUGAACCUGCACGUUUGCACGCAAGGAAUGCAAACUUUUUGUGACAAAUAAAUUAAGCUUGUUAUUUCCAAACCCCCGCCCAUCCACAAAAGGGAAGGCGAGAGUGAUUUUUUUACAUUCGCGAAUGCUUGUGUAGUCUAUCGUGGGGAUUAAAUUCCCCAUACCAAUCCCCACAGUUGUACACAGAUUCUUAGUCUGUGCGGGUUUAUGUGCUUGUUCGUUACCAACUAGCUUGCUCGCUGCAAUGUUUCUGAAAAAAAUUACCUCAGCCAAGUAUGGGGCUCAACUUUUUCAGGUGGUGUUCAGGCAGGGCGUUCGGUCCUUGUCGGUGCCAGCCCAGCCCGUACCACCCCUCGCUCAGACGCUGCAAGGUUACCUGCAGUUCCUGGAGCCGCUACUCCCUGCCGACGAGUUGGAGCACACUCGGGAGUUGGUGCGAAAGUUUGGCGCUGAGGGCGGGCUAGGAGAAACGCUUCAGAAGGGCCUGGAAAAGCGAGCGAGAAGCUCGCACAACUGGAUCUCUGAUUGGUGGGUUAAGUGGGCAUUCCUGGAGAACAGGCAGCCCCUGGCUGUCCACUCGAAUCCGGCCAUCGCCCUCCCCAAGCAGGACUACACUGACUGGAGGGGCCAGCUGCUGUUUGCCUCCAAGUUGAUCGCUGGAGUUCUGGACUUCAAAGCCAAAGUGGACAGUGGCAGUCUGCCGGUGGAGUUCAUGAGGGGUCAGCCCUUGUGCAUGGAGCUCUUCCCGCUGCUGUUCUCUUCCUGCCGAAUCCCGGGCCCCAAGCACGACUACGUGUACCACUACAGCCAGUCCCGCCGCCCCCCCACCCACAUCACCGUGGUGCGAAACUACCAGUUCUUCCAGCUGGAGGUGUACAACAGCAACGGCACACCGCUGACCCAGAGUCAGAUCCACGACCAGCUCUGCCGCAUCCGCUCCCAGUCCUGGAAGACGGACAAGGAGCCCGUGGGCAUCCUGACCAGCGAGCACCGCCACACCUGGGGCUCGGCCUACAACCGCCUGCUGAGAGAUAGAAUAAACAAAGAGUCUGUGAGGCUGAUAGAGAAAGGGAUCUUCAACCUUUGUCUGGACUCGCCUGUCAUGAGGAUCUCCGACGAGAAGUACUCCAGUCGAAUGGCAGCGCAGAUCCUGCACGGAGGCGGGACUUACUCCAACAGCGGAAACCGCUGGUUUGACAAGACUCUACAGUUUGUAGUGGGGGAGGAUGGCUCCUUCGGGCUGCUGUAUGAACAGGCCACUGCAGAGGGCCCGCCCAUCGCCACUCUGCUCGGCUACCUGCUGGAGUACUGUGAAAAGCCUGAGCUCGUGAGGCCACCGUUGGUUCCACUCCCGCUGCCCAAGAAGCUGUAUUUCUACAUCGAUCCCGAGAUCAAGAGAGACAUCGAGCACGCGAAGCAAAAUCUGGACAUCUUGAUCAAUGACCUGGACAUAAGCUGCUUCACGUUCCGGAAGUUUGGGAAGGAUUUCCCCAAACAGGUGAACGUCAGCCCCAACUCCUUCAUCCAGGUGGCCCUGCAGCUGGCCUAUUACAGGGUGCACAGCGAGGUUUGUGCGUCAUGUGACAACGCCUCCCUCAGGAUGUUCCGUGGCGGCCGCGCGGACUUCAUCCGCUCACCCACCAAUCAGACGCUCCGGUUCAUACGUGCGGUUGAUGACCCGUCUGUCACGAGAGAGGUGAAGCUGGACCUGCUAAAGAAGGCUGUGGAGGCCCACAGUCUUCUCACCGACCAGGCACUCCGAGGGCAGGCUAUCGACCGCCACCUGCUGGGGCUGAAGCUGCAGGCCAUCGAGGAGAGACUGAGCGUGCCCCGCCUGUUCAUGGACACGGCCUACGGCCUGGCCACUCACAUCAAGCUCAGGACCGGACAGGUCCCUGCCAACACGGACAGCGUGCUGUGCUUCGGGCCCCAGGUCCCCGACGGCUACGCCGUGUGCUACAACCCGCAGGCCGACCACGUCCACUUCUCCAUCACCGCGUUCAACUGCUGCGAGGAGACGCACGCCGAAACCCUGGCCCUGACUCUGGACAGCGCCCUCUGCCAGCUCCAGGAGUUACUGCAGCCCGCGUCAUAGAGCCGCCUGCCGCUGCCCCCCCCGGUUGC